CGUUUAGCAUUCACCAACAGUAACGUUUGCGACAGCUUGGCCUGAUUUGUGGCAAAAGUAGGUUACAAAAGAUGCGCGUUCCCUUGGAAACAGGUAGAGGAAGAAUGGUUCUCGGAGAGAGAUGUAGCAGACAAGGCCGUCUCAGCAUGAGCGAGAGAAGAGAGAUGAAAUUAUGGUGAAAGACAUCUGGGUUGUAUGAUGGAAGGACUGGGAGAGGAGAGAUCCACAUGCAGCUCUAGACCCUUCCCAUGGCUCAGUCCCCCCAAAACAGAGGCCUCAGGCCUACUGUGGAAAUUUAAAGACUGCUUUUCCACCAGUGAAACCCCCACCCCUCAUCGCACAGAUAAACAAAACAGUUACAUGGAAAGCAGAAAGGCCGUGCUGGAAUUAAGAGAUGUUCCUCCUCCACCCCCACACCAUACCACCUCGCAGUCAUCCCAACCCUUCUCUUUGGCCACUCUCCCUUUGCUUCCUCCCUGCUUGCCUCCACAGCUUACACAAGACACCCACCAACAACAACUACCACAGCAGCAAGAGGGGUCUAGACCCAAAGUAAGCAUUUGCACUCACUGUGAUUACUGCAGCAGAGAUGGCUAUGGACUAUUGGGUGGUGGAGAUGUUGUUGGUAGACGUAACAGCGUUGCUGGUGUUGUCUCACUUUAUGUGGCCCAAGGCUCUCCAGGAGCCCCUGUCGUCAGCAGUAACAGUAUUAACAAGUCUGGGCCUUGCUCUGUGGCCACAUCUCAUAACCAUCAUAAGCUUAACCUGAACAGUGGAAAUGAAGCCACAAAUCCUUUGCUCAGAUGCCAACCUCAUCUGCCUGCUGCUAUUGCUACCUGUCAGCCUGUGUCCUCACACUCCUACCUCCCCUGCUGUUUAGGGCUUCAUACUUGCCCAGCUAUAUCCCUUCCAUGCAGUCAGGCCAACCUGUUUGCCUCCUCAGUCCCUCUAGCUUCAUCUCCUCCUGUUUCUUCUCUAUCUGGCAAUUUGCAUGGCACUUGUUUGGCCUCUUCUGGCUGCUACAGCUAUGGUGUUUGCAGUCCAUCAGCCAUCAGAAGAUCGCAGAGAGGCACACUUGGUGAUCACACCACCACCACCACCGUCACUACUACAACCACCUCAGCACACUUCUGUUCUAAUCCUUUGCAUCUAAAUGUAGAACGCACGGUUUUGGUGAAGGGUGCACACUACUGCAAGGAGUGCUUAUUAAAGCCCAUAAAUGAUCUUUCAUCAGAGUCAGACAAGAUGUGGCCUAGUGCUCCUAUUCCCCAGACUGUUUCUCUUCCUGUCCCUAUUUGUAAUGGCUGCGGCACUUCUUCAGAUGGUAUGCAGCUCAUGCCAUUGACCGGCCUUGGCAAUGUUGGUCAGAAGUAUGGAUCUCCAGAGAACAAUGGUCCUGAGAACAUCCCUCCAGUGGGCGUCUUCUGGGACAUUGAGAACUGUAGUGUUCCCAGUGGGCGUUCUGCUGGAGCUGUGGUCCAGCGUAUUCGUAGCCAUUUCUUUCAAGGUCAUCGUGAGGCAGAAUUCAUUUGUGUCUGUGAUAUCAGCAAGGAAAGCAAAGCCGUCAUCCAAGAGCUCAAUAACUGCCAGGUUACUGUUGCACAUAUCAACGCCACAGCCAAGAAUGCGGCUGAUGACAAGCUUCGUCAGAGCUUACGCCGCUUUGCCGAGACCCACACUGCACCUGCAACUGUUGUGCUAGUAUCCUCGGAUGUGAACUUUGCAAGUGAGUUGAGCGACUUGCGUCAUCGCCAUGGUUUCCAAGUAGUUCUGGUCCAUGGCAGCCAUACAUCUCCAGCCCUGUUGCAGCAUGCCCAUCGCCAUGUGGCUUUUCAGGAGAUUACAGCUGAUCUGCCACCACGAACUCUUGUCAAGUCACAGCCCAGUUACAACUUCCUCUAUGUGCACAACCUUCCUGUCAACUGUGACAAGAGUCUACGGAAUGCUGUGAAGCUCAGGCUCCGCCGCCUGUCAGACAACUGUGGCGGCAAGGUGCUGAGCAUGUCCCAGGGCUCAGCAGUCCUCCGGUUUGGCAGCCCUGAGGCAGCUGCACGCGCCCGCAAGAGAAUGGAAAAUGAGGAUGUCUUUGGCCGCAGAAUCAGCCUCUCCUUCUCCCCACAUCCCAGAGACUAUGCAAGUCCUGAGCCUGUGCUUCAGUCUCAUCCCUUGCCUCAAAAUGCAACUCUGCCCCAACCCUAUGAAAGUCAGGAUUCAGUGUUUGCGCCUCCUCCAUCUAUAUCCUCUUUUUCCUUUCUGCCCCUGGAGAAGCCCAGGUCACCCAGGAGACCGCGGCGAGCAACGCGCCCUAGUCACACCUCUGGCCAAGUGCUUGAAAGGCUCUACAGCCCAAGGAGGGGCUGUAGUGGGCCUCCUGGUGGUACUCCAGCCAAACCCUUACAGGAGCUGGCUGGUUUGGAGAGCAAGCCUAGAACAGACUUUCACCCUUUGGAUGAAGUACGUGCAGCUUCCUCUUCCCCCCACAGUAAUGGUGAAAUGGGAACCUUGGAGCAAGUUAAAAAGCCUAGUAUCGCUGGAGAAUCCCUGUACAGGAGAAGAAGAGAAGGCUCUAGUCCUCGUCGAGUGUCAGAGUCCCCUGUAGAAAAAAGGGAAGGAAACUCGGGGGAGUUCCAGAUUAGCACACCCUCAGCCUUCAGCAAAUUAACCCUGCACAGGAGCUUCAGUCCGCUUGUCCUUUCCCAGGGCUCCUGGUCCUCCAGGAGUGCAUCCCCCUGCCUGUCUAGCCGCUCCUCACCACUGCUGGCUGUACCCCGUAGCCCUUGCCCUGAAGGUUCUUAUGAGCAAUUCAUUGAUGGGGCAGAGAUUCAGGUGGCCAACCUGGACUAUCGUAUGUCCCGCAAAGAUCUCCAGCAAACUCUGCACGACACCUUUUCUAGAUAUGGACGGGUCAAAGCUGUAGAGCUUAGCCCCCACACAGACUAUCAGUUGAAGGCCAUUAUUCAGAUGUUGUCACUACAACAGGCCAUCAGUGCUGUCAGCGGCCUACAUCGUUAUAAGAUCGGAGGAAAACGCAUUCAGGUGUCGCUGAUCACUGGUAGCAGCAAUAAAUCCCUCACCAUGCUCAGCACUGAGAUCAGAAGCAUUCUCCAAGAUGCACCUGCCAAUUGUCUUCCUCUAUUCAAGUUCACAGAGAUCUAUGAGAAAAAAUAUUCCCGCAAGCUUUCAACUGGGGACCUCUACAGACUACCGGAGGUGGUUGCGGUAAGGGAACAGGGAGGCUCGAGGCUUGUGUGCCUUCUGCCCAGCAGCCUAAUCCGCCAGAGUCCACUGGGGUCUUCACAGUCCCAGGAGGGCUCCUCCUCAGCAAGUGGAAGCCCUGUGGUGUUUGAAGAGCUCGAGUAUCAUGAACCUGUCUGCAGACAACACUAUGCACAGCAGGACUUUAGUGAGGCUGACUUUGACCCAGACUCCUGCAAAAUUCCGUUUACUGUGAUGUCUCUGAGCACUUUGACCUCUGAUGUCCACAGUUUACUGCAUUCACAUGAGGGUACCCUUCCAUUGCUUAGUUUUCCUGACUGCUAUGCUGCAAAAUUCAGGCCACUGCAACUUGGCAAUGAAACACUGGAGGGUGGUGUUCCCCUGGAGCACCUCAUUACCUGUGUUCCCAGUAUCACAAUAGUAACAGCUCAGAAUGGGUUCAAAAUCAUCAAGUGGAUACACAACAAACCUCCAGCACCAAAUACUGAGCCAUGGAUUCAGCGCUGCAAGAGUCCCGUUGGUAAUCCACAGCUCAUCCAAUUUAGCCGAGAGAUUAUUGAUCUGUUGAAGAGUCAGCCAUCAUGCAUCAUGCCCAUCAGCAAGUUCAUACCCUCAUACCAUCAUCACUUUGCCAAGCAGUGCCGUGUCUCAGACUAUGGCUACUCCAAACUGAUGGAGCUUCUGGAGGCUGUGCCACAUGUCCUGCAGAUCCUUGGUAUGGGUACCAAACGUCUCUUGACUCUGACCCAUCGUGCUCAGGUGAAGCGCUUCACACAAGACCUGCUAAAACUGCUUAAGUUUCAGGCCAGCAAACAAGUGUCAAUCAACGACUUCAUGCAAGCUUACCACUGGUGCUUCUCUAGAGACUGGAGGGUGAUAGACUACGGGAUAUGUGACCUAAUGGACCUGCUGACUGAGAUCCCUGACACUACCAUUACCAUCACACAGCAAGAUACAGACACAGUGAUUUCUGUACCAAAGAGAGAGCGGACAGUUGAUGAAAUGGAGCGCACAAAGCAGUUUGGGAAGGAGGUGGUGGACUUGCUACGUCACCAACCUCACUGCCGAAUGCCCUUCAGUAAGUUCAUCCCCACCUACCACCACCACUUUGGUCGCCAGUGCAAGCUCAGCUACUACGGGUUCACGAAGCUCAUUGAGCUGUUUGAAGCAAUCCCUGAUGUGCUGAUGGUAUUGGAGUGUGGGGAGGAGAAAAUGUUGACUCUUACUGAAGUGGAGCGCAUCAAGGCUCUGGCAGCUCAGCUGGUCAAGCUGCUUCGGGGUCAAAAAAACUCGAGCCUUCCAGUCAGCCAGCUGCUCACGGAGUACAGCAAAACCUUCGGUUAUGGCUUACGCCUGCAGGACUAUGAUGCCGGCUCCCUGCCAGCUCUACUAACCAAACUUUGCCAUGUUGUUAAGGUGGUGGAUGGCUCAGAGGGUCGUGAAGUGCAGUUGAUAAACAGGAAGUCUCUACGCUCCCUCACCUCACAGCUACUGGCCAUACUCAUGUCUCAAGACGAAGACCUGGUCAUCAAUGGCCUGAAGGUGGAGGAGCUCAGCCAAUAUUAUUCGACUGUCCACGGAGUUCAACUCAACCCUUGUGAAUAUGGGUUUCUCUCCCUUAGUGAGUUACUUAAGAGCCUGCCCUACCUCGUUGAGCUAUACAACCGGGAAAGUGAUGAAAAUGGAAAAGCUGGCAGCACUGCUAGUGGUCAAGUUGAAGGUUGGGUGAGGUUGACAAGGCUUUACCAGUUUGCCCGUAACAUACGUGCCCUGCUCCACACUUACCAUUACAACCAGAUCUUCCUGACUGAGUUCCAGGGGGCUUACAACAAAUUUACAGGCUGCAGCCUUGAACCUCGCUCCUAUGGAUAUGCCAGCACUGACGAGCUACUCAGUGCUAUUCCACAGGUGGUCUGGAUCAAAGGACAUGGUCACAAGAGGAUUAUCGUUUUGAAGAACGAUAUGAAAGCAAGAGCAAGCUCUUCAGUCACCAACAGCCCCCAACCAGGAGAGAAUGCAGAAAGUCCAAGAGACAGCCCGAUUAACACAUCUGGAGCCCAGAGUCCAAGUAACAAGGUAGCUUCUGAGUCAGAGCUACUGUGUUUGUCAUCUCCUGUGGAUCUGCUGUGCGGUCCUGUACCCUCCUGUCUACCGUCACCUCAGCUCCAUCCUGACCCUGUUCUCCUCCAGCAGACAGACCUUAUACACUUUGAGGAGAAAACUUCUCCACCAACAGAUGACGACGAACCUGCAUCGGCAGCUGCAUCAGGCACUGACUGCGCGUGUGAUCCACCUAAGCAGUCCUGCAGCACAGAUGACCUCACAGGCACAAAGUCACAACCAGCCACCCUCACAAAGACCCCCUUGUCUGUGGACAAUCCCAGCAGAAGAGCAUCACGCAGCAGAAUCAAGCUAGCUGCCAAUUUCUCUUUCACAGCAGGCGUCUGACUCAUUCAAGCACACACACUCAGUCGUAUACAUGCAGAGCAGUAUAGUGUAACUCUAAAUACAAGAAGUGACCAGCUACACUAGAAAGCAAUGAAAUUGCACCCUGUACAUCCUAUUUGGCUGUGGCAUUUUUCCACCCUGUAACUCUAUGUUCAUUUGAAUGUUACCCAAGCUGUGAUUUUUUUUUCUUCCUGCAGAUUUUCUGCAUUUUAUACAUUUAUCACAUUCACUUAUCAUAUUCUGUCUUUGAUUUCAAGCCAGGAGGAAGUUAUUUAUGUACCCUCACCUUAGAAUCACAGUUACACAUUUGCUGGCUUACAAACGUAAAAAUAAAGCUGGGUUAGUUGCCACUGUUUACACGAGGUAGUAAACGAUGGAAGAAGUGCUGGGAAUGAACUAGGUUUUAUAGCUCCCCACAUUAUCAGUUUAUUAAAUUGAAAGGUUUAACGUGAUGUUUUGUUCAUGACCUAUCGAAUAACCUUUCUAUUUAUUUAGUUAUUUUCUGUCUUCCCAAAGACAGAAAAUUCCACUUUUGAACGCCUUUUUAAACUUUUUGGCGAUUUUUACUUCCCCAGGCAAACGUGUCAUCGCCUGCCUGUUUGAUCCGAGUGAGAAGGUAGCUUCGGUUUGAGGUAUAAUUUCACCUUUUGUGUCUUACAGGCAAUAUUACCAGUUCUGUUUGUAAUAUGCAGUGUUUAGUCCGGAGAAGAGCUUGGCUAAACGGUGCAGUGUAACUAGUGGCAAUUCAGUGUUAGGACUAGAGAGAAACAAUUCGUUUCUGAAGCAAAGGUUUUUUUGAACAAUUAUGUUUGAAUCCGAAGCUUAUUGAUUGAUACUGUGACCAGCGUUGCUCUCAGGAAUUAGUAUCCAUGUAAUUUGACUUGAUUUACAGCAAACCCACCCCUGAGGCCAUAAAUGAAGGUUAAAAGCGAAGUGGGUGGCUCUUUAAGAAUCCAAACAGACAAGCUGUGGCAGCAACUGAAAUAUACUUUGUCUUUAGCCAGCAGUUAAUGUGUUUGUUCUUUUAGCGGUGUGUGGUUUACACGGGAGAAGUCUGUGUGAAGUGUGCAUAAAUAUGUUUAUGCAGGGUGUAAGCCCAGGAGGAGCUGACAGACGAUAGUAAGAUCAGUCUUUUAUUUCCGCCAUGUUUUAAGUAUGUUAAGUAUGACUUCACUCUCACAGUUGCUAUGAAAACGCUCAGGGUUUUUUGAGUCAACCUUGUUGCUGGUAGCCGCUGGGUCAGUGGUGUUGUCCACACAGAGUUGAUGCAUUUGAGGGGAGUCGUGAGCCCUCCUGAGUUUUGAUUUUUAAUGAGUACCUAAACAGUUGUAAGUUUUAGGGGAAGAUGCGGAGCAGGAGGUAAUGUGCUGUUUGUGGAGCAGUGUGGGGGGGGUGGGGGGCCCGAGGAGCCCCCUCGAUAGACAGAGAACCCCCUGUAGCUCUCUGGAGUUUGCCGGGCUUUUACAAUGGCUUGUAUUUGCCACGGCGCUGAAGGAAACUGCCGUCUUACCUCCCACUCCUUACAUCCCUCACAGAUGAGAUUUUACUUAUUGGUGUAUGUUGGUGUUCUGUUGCCUUCUGUCUCAAGUAUUUACCAGACUGCAAGCUGCUGAAGUGCCACUAAAUAUUGCUGGCCGCCCAUGAAGUUGAGCACGGCCCAGGCACUGCUGAAGUCAAAGGGUUGCUGCGUUUGUGUUCAGAGAACAGGUUCAUGAAAUGGGCAGGAGCCCAUUUAUUCAGUUUCUGUGCAAGUUUAGUGUUUGGCAUAAUGUUUUACAGCGCAUGUUUCUUUCUUUGUCACACUUAUUUUUGCCUGGGUGUGAAAAGUCUUUAAUGCUGGGAGAAUCCACCUGCCAACUCAUCAAAGUGUCUGCGGUGCCAGUUUGUAAAUGGGACGGUUCUGGCUCCUGUCUCUCGUGCCGCAUUUAACUGGGGGGGGUUAUGAUGAAGGAACAAGCGGUUCAGAAUAAAUUUAGAUUUACUAGAGAAAAUGGCUUAAAAUGCUCACAUUGAACGUCCGGAUUUGAAUUAGGCCAUAUAAAUUCAUUACUUUGUGGGUUUGAGGAAUCCCUAGCACUCAAACAGCAGUGGCAACUAACUCGGAUCUAUUUUAACUUCCCAGCUGGCUAUUUUUGGUUACACCAGUGUGAAGCUAGUGUCCACGUCAUAAUAUGCACUUUUGCAUAGUUUUGGUUCGUGAAAAGCAUAAAUGGAGUUUUGUUUGGGGUUUGAAAAUGAAAACUGUGUUGGCUUCUUUAAUUGGAUGCAAGUGUUUCCCUAUGUCUUACUUUUACAAUUUCUUUACACAACAGGUAUAGAACUGCAGGUCGACAACGACAGCCUUGCUCUUGCUUGCAAAUGACUUCCUUUAGUCAACACUGUUUACCCCAAAACUCCUGUCUAGUGAUUAUUUUUGUUUACCUGACCCGCACCUUCCCUUCCCCUCACAGUCGUACUGCCGCACCACACACACACACACACACACACACACUGGAACAGUGUAACAUGUUGAAGGGACCAAAUCUGUUAAUAAAUUUCACAAGCAUUA